GGUCCAGCUCGCAUGUGUCACUUAGCUUAGGGUCUUCAGAGAGCAUCAUUGCCUGCGUCAGUGUAGUGGAUUUGCGUGAUGCAAUUGCCUCGAUUGGUAUGAGUUUGCCUGUGAGAGUCAGGCCCAGGGAGGGGUUAACAGUGGCCAGUCUGUGCUCCCACCCCUUUUCCCUGAUUGGCUGAGCUUGGCCUGAUUGGCAGCUGGGAGAGAGGGAGCGAGGGAGGACCGGAGCUUGGCUGUGAGAAAGGUCUGUGGUGUGGCCCAGGUUGGGGCUGCCGCCGUUGCUGCCUCUCCUCCUCCUCCUCCUCCUCCUGCUCCUCCUAGUCGUCCUCCGUCGCUGCCAGGCCGCCACAUCCAUGGGACUGGCUGUGCGGUGGGAGUGUGCUCUGCCCGCCCGCCAUGGCCUGCCUUAGCCUGGAGACUCCGGCUGGCUGCCAACGCACAUUCACCCCAGCCCUCCAACUCCAGUUGCAGCAGAGACGCACACGGCAGCAGCUAGCAGACCAGGGCAUCAUGCCACCCCUGAAGAGCCCGGCUGUGUUCCACGAACGUAUCCGCAGCCUGGAGAGAGCCCGGACAGAGAAUUUCUUGAAGCAGAAGAUCCGGAGUCGGCCGCAGCGCUCCGAGCUGGUGCGCAUGCACAUCCUGCAAGAGACGGCGGCCGAGCCCUCACUCCAGGCCGCGCAGAUGAAGCUGAAGCGAGCGCGUCUGGCCGACGACCUCAACGAGAAGAUCGCGCAGCGGCCCGGCCCCAUGGAGCUGGUGGAGAAGAACAUCCUGCCUGUGGACUGCAAUGUGAAGGAGGCCAUUUCCGAUCCCCCAGGCGGCGAGGUGGGGUAUCCCCAGACGCACGACGUGUACACCUUCGACGAGGACAGCGGUGACAUCCCCUCCCCAGAGCGGCCAGCCAGCCAGGAAUCCCAAGGCUCCUCCGCGUCUCCCCCGGCCCCCAGGCCUGGCGAGACCCCCCCCACGGCCCCUGCCCAGCUCUGCCCGGCAGUGUCCCAGCCCACUCCGGACCUCCCCAAGCCACCCCCCCCCUCAUCCUCCAGUGAGCAGCCGGCGGGUCAUGUGACCACGUCCCCACAGAAGCCAGGCCCGACUUUGGUGAAGCAAAGCCAGCCCAAGCUGCCCAGCGACAAGACGCGCAGCAAGAAGGGCAGGGAGGCACGUCCGCGCGUCAAGAAGUUCAAGUACCACCAGUACAUGCCGCCGGAGCAGCGGGCGGCGCCCGGCCAGCCUGCCAUGGACUCCUGCUACUCGCGCCUCCUGCAGCAGCAGCAGCUCUUCCUGCAGCUGCAGAUCCUCAGCCAGCAGCAGUGUAGCGGCUACCGGGCCGCGCUGCCCGCUGACCCCGGGCCGGCAGCUGAUGGACAGAAGAGUCCGGGGGUGGUGGCACUGCCCAGUAAUGGGCUCUCAGCCCCCUUGCUGGUGUCCCUGCCCACGGCGACCCCCCCACACUCCAACCACGCCGCCACCAGCCACAAGCCCGGACCGCUGCCAGCCAAACUGGAUGACAUGAAGGUGGCCGAGCUGAAGUGCGAGCUGAAGCUGAGAGGGCUUCCUGUCUCAGGGACCAAGGUGGAUCUCAUAGAGCGCCUGAGGCCUUACCAGGAGAAGAGCUCAGCCCCCGAUACCAUGGAUACACUGCAGGGGGCAGCAGAGAGCGCCAGCUUGACUUCCCCUGGAUCACCGGGUGCAGGUGCAGAGGAGACUGAGUCCGCACGUGGCUCGCCCAUGGGGGAGGACCCUGGGCCGUCAGAGAGGGACCAGCAGCUCCACGAGAAGGAGCGUCAGAUCGAGGAGCUCAUGCGACAGCUGGAACGCGAACAGCGGCUGGUCGAAGAGCUAAAGAUGCAGCUGGAGGUGGAAAAGCGCCACCAGCAGGGGGAGCCAAGAAUGCCCUCCCCCGUGAAGGAAGAGGGUGGGGUGUCCCCGAGCUGCAACCCCAUCCACAUGGCGGCACACAAGCAGGAGAAGCCGCUUGCGCCCCCAGGACAGGACCAGGUGCCCAUGCUACCGCAGUUCCUCCUCAGUCACCAACCUGGGGCCUCGAUCCUGCUUCCCGUUUCCCUCCCUGCCCGCAGCACUGGCCCGCAGCCACAGCCAUCCCUGCAGGCUGCUGUGUCCACUUCAGCCCCAGGUCUCAUCCAGGCCUCCAUUCCUCCGAUGCAGCUUCAGGACACGGAGGCUUUGGCGGCCCAACCCCACAGUGAGGUCCAUUAUAUGGCCCAGACCCUCCCAGCAAGCUCUGCCCCCACUUUCCAGUACACUCACAGUGGCCAGGCUGUGACGGAGGUCCCCCAGUGCUUUCUGCAGUCCCCCCCAGACCGGCAGCCAUCUCCUGGGCGUCCCCCCAGCCAGGCGCUGCAUAACGGCCUGGCGAAGCAGCCUCCCUCCCAGCCCACCUACAUCCUCCAACCAACCGCCUUCACCAGCCACGCCCCCAAGAUCAAAGACCCACCCCGCUAUGAAGAGGCCGUCAAGCAGACCCGUGGCCUCCAGGCCUCCACACAGGUUUCCAUGGCGACCAGCCAGCAGAUGGACGAUCUGUUUGACGUCCUGAUCGAGAGUGGAGAAAUGUCGCCCUUCACCCGACAGGACCCCCCGGCCCCAGCCAAGACGCUGACUGCUUGUGUCACCACGCUGCCCGUGGGGAUGGUUCUGUCGCGGCCCCCACCUCAGGUCCACGAGGCCCCCCCUUCGUGCCGCCAGCCUGCUCUCGCUCCCUCGCUGCCCCUGAUGGACGAGCUGGACCACCAGCUGCUAGAGCCCCCCCUCUCCCCCAUGGACACGUCCUCGCUGUGCCUGCCCCCCCCCUCCUUCGAUGGCAUGGACUGGAUGGACCUCCCCCUUGUGGGACCCCUAGGGGCGACCCCAGCAGGGGGGAUCUUCUCCUCGGACAUCGAUACCCAUGACCUGCAGCUUCAGUGGGACUGAGGGGGCGGAGUUAAAGCAAGGACUACGUUUCAUAAAGCAGGCAGAGCAACAGCUUGAAGCACUUUCUGUUCUUUCUCUGGGAUGUUUUAGGGCUUUUCUGGGACAGAGAUUCUCAGCAAAAACAGGAAAAUGUUCACAAACUCGCACUCUCUCUCACACACACACACACACACACCUCCUGCCUGCAGCUGAGGACACAGGCUGCUCCUGCUAAGGGCUCCUGGUCUGGGGAGCAUCAGAAGGGGGGUCGGGGGGCAGGCUCCACAAAAACACCACAUAACAGGGCUGUUCUCUCCAGGGUCCAAAGGGCGUGUUUUGGGUCAAGCUGUUCCCUGGUCCUGCGCUGUCUGGAUAAAUCCCAAACUGUUCCGGACCCCAUAGUCUGUCUCCCGUCACUUGGGCUUGUGUGCAGCAUAACUGCUAGUCUAGACGAGGUCAUGACUGUCACAGACCGUGACUGUGUUACAUCGACACCGUGGACCUUCUGGAUCAGGAAGAAUGAGGACGUGGGUUGUCAUGUUUUAUAACUGUCACUUUUAAGGAAGCUGGUCUGUCUGCUCAUGGGGAUACUGCCAGAUGAGGAUGAUCCUUCCAGCCGCACACAUGCCCAGUUUGGCUGCUCUGUGCCCUCGAUAAGGUGCCCGGAGCUGGAGGCGUGGCCCGUUUGCCUGGAAGGAUAACGGAAGCCGAAUGCUAAGCUAAGACUUAGCGAGGAACCCGUCAUGCUGUGCUAAGAGACGCCAGCAGCUGAUUUGCAUGUUUGUGUAGCCAUGACACAAAAGGAGAUCGGUAGCAAAACUGUGGUCUCACAGGCGCCCUAUUCGGGGCAAAGUUUGCAAGGGGGGCUGGUUAGUCAGAAGGGGAGUAAAAAAAAAUUAUAAUAAAUAAUGGCUUAGUGGCUUAACAGAUUUGUAUCCAGUAGGAUGUUGGUUCAAGUCCUCCAGGUAGCACCCAGGAAGUCAGCUGCCCAGAACAGUUCGCGAUAUAGAAACUCAGCUGUAUAUACACAGGCAAAAUGAUCACGUGCUAAACCGGCCAUACUGUAGCCAAAGGCAGGACGUUCUUUUUAAACCAACAGGUCACCUUAGCUUGACCGUCAGAUACAGAUCUCAGCUUCACCGGGCACUUUUCUGCCUGAAUGUGUUCAUAUUUCUCAGUUGAGGUUAGAGAGCUAUAUAUAAUAAGCAUUGCAUUGCCAUCUAGUGGCCAAACUCAGCAGUGAAAGUAAGUCAAAUUGCGCGAUCUGUAGUGGGUCCUAGUCACUGUCUGGACUCGGAUGACCCUGCUGGGAACGUGGUGAUCAGACGGUUCUUCUACUCUUGGUCCUUCCUAGUUUGCUCAAGGGCCCAGAAGUCAUAUGAUUAUUCUGCCAGUUAUGGGCUAUGACCCCACUAUCUUCUCGACACAGAUAAGGACUCCUGACCCAGAGAGCCCCAUGCACCCCUCUUCCUACAAGGAGAGCGUGACGCAUAUGGCAGCUUGCUGCACACCUUCUGACCGCUCUUGUUACGCACAGAGAAGGCAGAGUUGGGAGAUCUUUCCGGAAGCUGGCCACCCCAUAAACACUGCCUGCAUCCCCACUGGACGUCGGCUGGAGACACGCCUACCCCUCGCACCCUUAAACUGUGACCAGGGUUGGGCCAGGAUAACCCUCAGUGCCCUAUCCUCAGUGCCUCUCACAUAUCCAAACCCCGCCAGGAUUCUUCUUCACUUCCAAAUUGUUAUGAUGCCAGCAUUUUGCACAUCGUGUAAAUAAUUUUACAAACAAAUGUCCUGCAUAUUUUUAUAUGUCUAUUUCAAAGCCACAAGCCGUAUUCUGACUUUGGCUUCUGAAGGGUUUGUAUCUCGGCCUCUUGUGGUAAUAAAUUUCGUUAACAUUCUCA